AUGCUACGCAAAUUGACACCGCUCGCUCUGGCACUCCUGCCACUGGUGGCAGGCCAGACCAUCGGGGAAACCCCCGAAGUACACCCCAAACUCCCGACAUGGAAGUGUAGCAAUCGCCACGGCUGCGUCAAGCAAGACACGUCGGUCGUCAUCGACGCCGCAACGCACUGGAUCCACGAGAAGGGCGGCGAGACCUCCUGCACGGGAAGCAGCGGCCCGAACCCUAACCUCUGCCCGGAUAAGGAGACCUGCGCCGCCAAUUGCGUCAUCGAGGGCAUCUCCGACUAUGCCAACUACGGCGUGCAGACCAAGGGCAGCAGUAUGACCCUGCACCAGUACCUUCGCGACGGCAACACGACCAAGUCCGUGUCGCCACGCGUGUACCUCCUCGCCGAGGACGGCGAGAACUACGAGAUGCUGCAGCUGCUCAACCAGGAGUUCACGUUCGACGUCGACGUGUCGACGCUGGUGUGCGGCAUGAACGGCGCCCUCUACUUCUCCGAGAUGCAGCGCGAUGGUGGCCGUAGCGAGCUCAAUCCCGCGGGCGCCGCGAGGGGAACUGGUUAUUGCGACGCACAGUGUUUCAAUAUCCCCUGGAUCAACGGCGAAGCCAACGUCGAGGGCGCCGGCGCGUGCUGCAACGAGAUGGACAUCUGGGAGGCGAACGCGCGGGCCACGGGCUACACGCCGCACCCGUGCAACAUCACGCAGCUGUACGAGUGCAGCGGUGCCGAGUGCGAGGCGAACGGCGUGUGCGACAAGCCCGGCUGCGGGUUCAACCCGUACGCGCUGGGCGCGCACGACUUCUACGGCUACGACCUCGAAGUCGACACCACCAAGCCCAUGACCGUUGUCACGCAGUUCUACACCAAGGACAACACCACCACCGGCGCGCUGGUCGAGAUUCGCCGGCUGUACGUGCAGAACGGCCAUGUCAUCCAGAACGCCGUCGUGUCCGUGGACGGCGAGUCCGUGGACUCCAUCACGGCCGACUACUGCGCCGACCCGAGCAGCGCGUUCAACCGGCUGGGCGGGCUGCAGCGCAUGGGCGAGGCGCUGGGGCGCGGCAUGGUGCUCGCGUUUAGUGUCUGGAACGAUGCUGGCUCGUUCAUGAGCUGGCUGGACGGCGGGAACAGCGGGCCGUGCAACGCCACCGAGGGCGAUCCGGCGCUGAUCGAGAAGUUGCAUCCCGAUACCCAUGUCACGUUCUCGAACAUCCGGUGGGGAGAUAUUGGGUCGACUUAUCGUGGCAAGCGGCGGUAG